AACUCGGACGAAUAUUUAACCGUGAGAGUGAUCUGCGCGGAGUAAGAGGAUAAUCGAGUCGCUGAUUUUAUUUGGGAAUGCUCAGGAAAAUCGAGCGAACGUCGGUGCCGUCAGUUUGCCGCGCUCAGCGUUUCUCUCAAAAUGGCGACGUCCUUGCCGAGGUCACGUGUCCGUCGCAUUGCACGCAUACCGCCCACGAGUGUCCACCUGCUCCCCCCCGAUCGCUCUAUUUACCCGUCGCUUUUCGUCCCUCGGUCGUGCGUUCAAAUCACUGGGCCAUGGUGAUUCAGAGGCUGCGAAACAGCGCGUUUAACAAACGUUCUGCGCCUAAUCUUCUGCGUUCUUGUUAGGGUUUGCGACUACUUCUAUUACAGAAUGUAAUAAUAGAUAAAUCGCGUUGAAUGACUGGUAGCUCUAGUAUCAAUGCUUUUAGACGAAAUAAUUACGUUCUACUAUAGUAAUAUAUUAGUAUGGUAAAUACACCCAAAUCUCGAUUAUGAAUCAGUGAUGCUUCGUUUGUCAUUUGUCUUACUGGCUGUCCGAAUUUUGCACUCGACUAUCCGAACCAUUUUGGUCCCGAUUAAGUCACGAGAAAACUAGAUUAGAAAACGUCUGAAGUAAGCAAAAACGAUAUCCGAACGACAAGAACCAGCAGAAUUUCACGCGAGAUCGUUUGAGAAGGUUCUCAACGUCGAGUGCGGAGCAGAAAAAUGUCCUCCCUGUCGGACAGUUUUCACUUGUUUAGCCGCCGCACACGAGCAUGACGCAUCCCUGACGUCACACGCAUAUCCAAUGAGCCGGGGCCGACACGGUCGUAUAUAGAAUCGUCGCAGCCGUGCGUGAUGUCAAUGCGAAUCGCACCUGUUUUCCAGCCUCGCCGUAGUCCGCCCGCCCCCUCCCCCGCAACUCGUUCUUCCAGCUCGAACUCGCAGUGGGAAGAAAUCGACGUUUCUCUGGCCAAAAAUCAGUUUAUCGGAUUUCUCGAGGAAACAUGUUUCUUUUGAUCAGAAACGAAAUGUCUGCUAACAACGAGAACAAUAAGUUUCUUAAAAAAUAAUAGGAUUAUGCAAGCCGGUACAAGAUAAUCAUCAUUCUUCUUUUUGCCGAAUCACUGAGGAACAUUGCAUUGUUACCGAGAUACCAGUUUACACGCGAUUAUUCGAACGUUACCGACUUUUGACCGGCGAAGCUGUGAUCCUGCCCCGAUGAAAAAUGAAAGUCGAUUAUCCGCGGUUCGCGGUAGCCAUCGCUUUGUGCCAGAAGACCGCUGCGUUACAAGCCUAGAUACUAGGGGAGGAAAAAUCGCGGUACUUGCGUACCUGUUCCAGCCGGGACGGGGAGAGCCCGUGCGUAAUUUCAACCGCAAGGACGCUAGGCGCUCAAUGGCGUAGCCUGAGCCCUCGUUUCCGUUAACUCUUCGAGGCACGCGGUUUUAAAGGGAAAAAGACCAAGUUGCGCAAAACUAUGAAACGCACAAAAUAUAAGCUACACAUAAAGUAUUAAAAUAUUGAACUACAAAUGAAAAAUAUUUCAAAUUUUCGGGCGAGCCAAGAAAUUUCCACUGUGAAGAGAUAAGCAGAGUUAAACAGGAGCAGCGUCAAUUCAGGUUAUCAAGGACAUAAUUAGAAAAGUUAGUAAAAACUACAAAGAAAUAGAUUUAGCAGCAAACAGACUAAAUCGUCCACUGAAAUCCUGCGAGCCGCACUCUCAUUUCCCGUAGAGAAAUUCGAAAAAGGAAGCUGGGUCACCGGUUCGCCAAGCAGAUUUCCGCUGGAGGAACUCGUGAAUCGAUAAUCCACUUCCUGUUACGAUCCUCUAAGACCACCGGGUUCCAUCAGCAGGCAUGAUCGAAUGAUGGAGGUGAUUUCGACACGCCGAUACGAGGCUCGUCCACCGCCAGCGAGCCAUCCACCAAUUCUUAUCGAUCCCGAGAAUUCCAUAGCUCUGGUCAAAGAAGAAGAAUGGGAGACCCGCAAGAAGAAGGAAAUCACUACCACCAGGCAGAUCGAGACCAGAGUGAAGCGGCAGGUCGUGCUGGAGGACGGCGAGGUGGUCGUCGACUCCGGGCCCCAGGUCACCACGAACACCACCGAGGAUGUCGAGCAACAGGAGCACACCACGCAAGAAAGGCGAACAACCGGGGACCAGCCGCAAGAGGUCGAGUGGCCGACAGGUGGAAGAAGGUCCGCCGACGGUGGUAGCGUGGUCCAAAAGGAAUCGAACGAGACAGUGGUGAGGAGCCGCGAGGAAAUCGAGGAGAGGCUCGAGACGGAGGAUUGUCAACACUUGGGAGAUAUCUCGGACGAGGCCUACCAGAACGCGGUGAGGACGAACCGGGGCGACCUGAGGGCCGCCCUAGCCGAGUCCUGCAAGCAGUUGGCGUCGCAAACAGGUCCCAGGGUCGUCCAGCACACGACCAAAUCGAACAAGGUGAUCGACACGGAAAAGACCUUGGAGAAGAAGGAGCUGAAACCCGACGGGCUGAUCGUCACCGAGAGAAAGCGCACCGUGGAGCACGAGGAGAUAAAGGACGACGAGGUUCCCGAUGACGUGAGCGACGAUCUGAAUGGCGACGAGGCGACGGAGACGAGGAAAGAGAGCUCCCAGAGGUUCGUCAAGAAGAGGGACGAAGACGUGGUCGAUUACAUCUCGGGCGGCGAGAGGGUUGGUCGAGAGAUGCGGUACGUCGCGGAGACGACCGAGGGAGAACGCAUCGGCGACUGGACACCGUUGACGACGGCCAUGAGGACCGCUCGUUUCCAUAAGCACUCUGGGUUCCCCGCGGAGGGAUUCCCCUCGCGAAAGGACGUGCUGACGAAGAAGCCGCUGGACCUCGAAGAAGAGGACGAAGCCAGGAAAUUCGAGACCUCGAAAUGGUUGGAGAGUCACUUCGGCAGCGAGUCGCGGUCCUCCCACGGCUCCAUCGAGGCUGACGAGACGCACCUGCCGACCAGCACCAACACCAGCUACAUCAACGUCACCAUGAAGUCCUGCGCCCCUAAGGAACGGGACUGUCAAAAUGGGAACUCCAACAGGCAGACGUAUCGAAGCACUGGCAGAGACUCGACCUCGCCUUCGGGCUAUUUCCACGGGAUCAGCGACUGGUCCGAGAGAUAUCAGGGCAGAGAAAGACAGAAUCACGUGAGAACGAGCUCUCCGUCGCAGUACGUGGAAAUCGUUCACACGAACGGGAACAGCAACGACCACCUCAGGAACAACCAGGUCCAAGAGUCCACGUACUCGAAAACGUACGAAUCCGUUCAUCGUCGCGAGCACCAGGAGUUGGUGAACGACCGGCAACGCACCCCUUCUCCGCCGGUUCGCAGGAAGUCCAAGGAACAGUGGUCCGCUAAGUCCGAGGAACGAGCCAGCUUGAACGGUUCGGUGCCGGUUCGAACCUCGAGUCCUGUCCACGUUGUACAGAGAACUUGGGAGAACCGCGGUCGAGAGGUGCAGGAGCAAACACUGGACCGGGAUACACAGAAGAAGACGGGGUCCAGGUCCAGGUCAACUUCACCUGCACCUGAGUUGACACCGAAGAACAACAAAAAGGCCAGCGAGACGCCGAGUCCUGCUCGACCGGCUAAAAGCUCGGGACACUCCAAGUACAAAAUAGGGGAAUCUUUCCGGAAGUUGGUGGGCAAGCUGCGCUCGGCUAGCUCCGAGAGGAAGAACAAACGGGCCAGUAGCAGUUCCACCUCGCAGUUGACUCAGACCGACGACAACGGGCCCACUUAUCUGCAGUAUAACGUGAUCGACAAGAAUAUUCCCUUGGUGAACGAGAGAGACGCCGAGGAGAAGCCACCGGAACGGCCAGCUAGGUCGUCGAAGAACGCGGUCCUGAAUAAUAAUGGGAACAAGAUCGGUAAAACCGUCAGGACCAGCGAGCGUGUCGUUCAGGAACAGUGGCAGAGGAGCGAGUCGACGCCACCUGUUCAAAGGUAUUAUCUAGGGGAGGAUCCCUUCGGGGGAAGCAUCUACGGCCGUGAAAAAGGGUACAGAGACGCAAGACGGUCGGGGAAGCCCCGUACUAGAGCCGCUCCCGAGACAGAGUACAGCGUCGCCUCCAGUUCCCUAGGCAGGUUUAGCAAGUCCACCGGCCGAUUGGUCAACGAUUACGAGAGGGACGAGCACCUGAGGACGACGCAAACGUUACCGAGGAACCUGCACUCGGUCGGACAGGCGGCUAGAUCGGCGAACCAGUUGGCGCCACGACGCCAGCAACCGGUAAAACAGACCGCGUACCAUACUAUGGCCCCGCCGCCGCCGUCGAACCAGUCCCGCCAAUACGGGAGCAUGAUCAAUAUAUCGAUAAAGAACACGGUGAAAUCGCCGAAAAUCCCCGUGCAAAGUGUUCAGGCCCCGGUGAAGCCGGAAAGGACGUACAAGUCCUCGUUGUCCCGCAGCAAGAGCUUCAACGUCGAAGCGGCCAGAAAUGGCAGCAACGCGCCGUCGCCGAGGAUACCCUGCACGUCCAGCCUGCAGUUCAAUCGGCUCGACGAAACGCCACCCUUGAAAAGUCCUGGUAUAUUGGCUAGUAUCAGUCGUAGCAAUAAAGAUUUGUUGAAGGACACCAGAUACGAAUACUAAAUUUGUUCUUUUCGUUGAAUUAUUCGAGGACUAGUUUAAGUUAGGUUAUACGAAGUUUAGGAUCUGGCGGUGAUUCUUUGAGAAAUUUGAUCCACUCGCCGAUUCGACUUUGUAUUGCGACGGAAUGAUUUGAUUUUGUUGCUGGAGACAUGUAACCUGAAAUUCUUUAUUUGGAAUGGAUUUAUUUGUAUACAUCGCGAAUUGACAUUGUUCUGUGUACAAAGUAACGUUACAUUGCUUAGUGGAUGGUAUAUCGAAUACUUAAUUUUACUGUGGUUCAGGUUAUGUGAAAUGCAUUUCUUUUAUCUCGUUGUGUCAGACGACAAUCCAAGAUUACAUAUCAAAUCGGUAGAGAAGGAUGAACAACGUUUCCGUUUAUAAUCUUAUUUAUCGCAGUUGUAUAAAGAUAAAAUUUAUUUUCGUAAAUUGCAUAUCAAAAUAGUGCGGAGAAGUAACGCCAUUACGAUCUAUAAAAUAUGGAAGUGAGCUCGUUGAUGUUUAUGCACAUUUGUAAUUGUAUAAUUUCUAAAGAGACAAACUAAAUGGAUAUACAUAUAUAUAUAUUUAUUUUCUUUGUAAAAAUCUGGAUAUUACUUUCAUUAUAAAUGCAUAAACAUCUAUUAUUCACUAGUAAGUAAAAGGUAGAUUUAAAUGGAACAUGUGACUCUGUUAGUAACAUGGCUCAUCUCAAGAGUAUCUUAACAGUUAAUAAUCAUGAUCGUAAUCUUAUAUCUGGCUUGGAUAUGAUUAAUUCAUUAAAACAGAGCAAAAGCUUCUGCUUAGUAAUCGAUUGAUUCUAAUGGAUGUUCUUAACGAAUUGUAACUGUGAAUCUUCAGCAUCCUCUUUAGAAAUCUUUAAUUCUUCUUCUUUUUCUUCUUGUUCGUGCCAUCUUGGGAUAAUUUUUGAUGUUUCUUAACGGCAAGUAUUAGAAUAACAGCGUUUAUAAUGUAAGAACUAACACAGACCACACACACGUUAUUCAGAAUGUACAAAAUGUAGGCCAGAUAAAUCGUACCAAGAUUCGCGCAAACUCCCAACGUCACGACGAGGAUUGAAGUGGGAUAUUUAUUAAACACAUCUAAAAAAACAAACACUUAUUAGCAUAUUAAUAAACGAUAGAAUAAAAUAUUUUAUUAAGAAACAAUUCUGCUAUAACGCGUGCCUCGUUUAAUUUAUUUUCAUUAGCUUUCGCCACUCAAACUACGUAGAUCGUUUCAUUGUCUAUUUUUAAAUUUCCCGCGCGAUAUCUAUGGAAAACUUCCGCCGCAUUAUAGCAGAUACGUGAAAGUAAUACGUACUGAGUAUCGCGACCAAAGCAUAAAAUAUUAAUCCAUAUAUAGGAUUUAGCAUGUAUAAAGGAGACGUUUCUGGAAUUAUUCCGAAACCUUUUCCGUAGCUGAAAUAAAAUGCUUUUUUCAAUUACAGUUAUUCAAAUGUCACAUGUUAUACGUCGUAUCAACGACCAUCUGCGGAUGUUCCCUUUUAUUCGAACAAAUUUCCAUACACUGUAGGUUAAGCGUGUACAUAUUCAUACCAAUUAAAUUCAAUGCAAUAUUCAAUGUACCGAAUUAAUUGAUAACUUGUAAUCUCCUAUGUGUUUCAUUCAAGGUUGAUUUGCAUGUGAUACAGACUGAUUCAAAUUUUUCAUCGUUCCAGCAUUGGUAAACAACUUUAUAUAAGCGAUAUGCAGCAUUAUUUAAUCAUACUUUGAAGCAAAAAUAAUAUUCAUCCGUUUCAAUUACUUCAAUGCUCGUAUCGAUACGUGUUAAACGUUCUUUGAAACC